AUCUUAUCUUAAUAGUUCAGUAUAAAAGUGAACUUCGUUCGAGCAACAUCUAAAUUUGAAGCAAGAAGAAUUAAAAAAUAUCUGUUUUAAAUCUUCAUAAGUUUCUUAAAAGUGAAUCAAUUUAAUUCUGUAAUAUGGAAAAUAAUUCUGAAAAUAUGGAAUCGUCCAUUGAAAACGUGAAAAAACCCACGCCUAUUCAGAAUUUCUAUAAUGGUCAGAGUAUUUUCAUUACUGGUGGAACAGGAUUUAUCGGCAAAUUAUUAAUAGAAAAAUUGUUAAGAGGAUGUCCAGAUAUCAUCUGCAUUUACGUUAUGAUACGUCCCAAGAAAGAAAAAAAUCUAUCCCAACGAAUGAAAGAACUUAUCGAAGAUUCAUUAUUUUCCACAUUGAAGAAGACGCAGCCAACAUUUGAAAAUCGUUUAGUCGCCAUCAAGGGAGAUUGUAGCUUGCCAAAUCUCGGUAUUAACAUCCAAAGUCUAAAUGAUCUAAUCAAUUUAUCCAAAGAAAUGCCGAAACUGAAGAGUUUCGUCCACGUAUCUACGGCAUUUGCAAAUUGUAUUCACGAUCUGAUCGAGGAAAAAUUUUAUGAUCCGCCGAUGGAUGCAGACCAAAUAUUCGAUUUGACAAACUAUAUGGAUGAAAAAUUGCUUGACGACACUACAUCGCAAUUAAUUGGAACGUAUCCGAAUAUCUAUGUGUUCACGAAAUCAAUUGCAGAGAGUGUGGUAAGAAAGCAUGUGGAUUCGAUGCCGAUUGGUAUCUUCCGUCCUGCAAUUGUAAUAUCAACGUAUCAAGAACCUAUUCCAGGUUGGAUUGAUAAUACUUAUGGACCAAUAGGAAUUACAGCAGGCGUACUAAUGGGAUUGAUGCGAACUCAUUAUUGCGAUAGAACGGUAAAAGCAAAUUUCGUUCCCGCAGAUCUGACAGUCAAUGGUCUAAUAGUUAGUGCCUGGGACAUUGCAAAUAAUCGAAGAUUUAAGAAAGACCUUCCCGUAUACAAUUACGUAUCUGAUGAUAAUUCAAUCACUUAUGGCGUAUUUCUAGAAAUGAUACAUAAAUAUGGAGAAUUGAUACCAUCUGAAAAGGCAGUUUGGUGCCACAGCUUGAUAAUAACAAAAUAUCGGCUGGUCCAUCUUUUCUACAUAUACUUUCUACAUUUAUUACCAGCUGCAAUAAUAGAUACGAUCGCAGUGUGUGCAGGUAAACAGCCAAGGUUACGCAGAAUAUAUAAUAAAAUUCACAAAAUGUCGGAUGCUCUUGGUUAUUUUUCUACGAUGAAAUGGACGUAUACUAAUGAAAGAUGGAACAAAGUGAUAGCGAAGUUAUCGCCUGAAGAUCGCGAAUUAUUCUUUUGUGAUAUAAAAGACCUCGUUUGGGGUGCUUAUUUUCCAACAUAUUUCUUAGGUAUAAGAAAAUAUAUCUUCAAGGAUCCCAUUGAAACACUCCGACAAGCUCGUAUAAAAUGGCUUAGGUUUUAUUGGAUAUGUCAAACUUUAAAAAUUCUUAUUGUCUGCGUCUUUCUGGUGAUCAUAUGGGCUACGUUUGCCGGGGUUUCCUAACGUUUGGAUCAUUCUAAAGGAAGCAAAGAUAACAAUAAAGGGAGGAAAAGAAAUAAUCAUAACUUGUACAAAUCAAUGACUUCUUUUGUAUCAUUUGAAUGUAUCUACAAUAAAGCUACCACACAUUUUUGUCUAAUAAU